AUGGGACUUCGUCCAGGUUUACACCGAUAUCUAGUAUCUCGGAGAUUUCGUUCAGUGUGGGAGGUGGCAGAUGCUGCCAUAGCUCAGGAGAUAGAUACGACUAUAUUUAUUAAGGGCAAAGAUGGUAAUGCUAAGUUAGGACAGUCUGGGGAUAAAGGGGGAGCUUUUAGCUCUCAUUGUGUAUUUUCCUCCAUUUUUGAUGUUGCCAAAGGGGAAGAGAAAUGUGAGAGCACAAAUGAAGCAGACUUCUUCACUGAAUACGGCGAAGCGAGCCGAUACCAGAUUCAUGAGGUGGUCGGCAAGGGAAGUUAUGGGGUCGUCGACGCGGCCGUGGAUACCCACAAUGGAGAGAAGGUGACAAUCAAGAAGAUAAACGAUGUCUUCGAGCAUGUUUCGGAUGCUACUCGCAUCCUGCGAAAAAUCAAAUUGCUUGGGCUGCUCCGCCACCCUGACAUUGUAGAAAUUAGGCACAUAAUGCUUCCUCCCUCACGGAGAGAAUUUAAAGAUAUUUAUGUUGUUUUCAAGUUGAUGGAAUCUAACCUUAAUCAAGUUAUCAAGGCAAAUGACGAUCUCACGCCUGAACACCAUCAGUUUUUAUGUACCAGCUUCUGCGAGCUAUGA